UUCCGUUCGGGCCUGACCAAGGAUCGGCUUCUCGGCCGAGGGCGGGGGUACGGAGGUGGCAGCCGAAGGCAGGAGGCGGUGCGGGAGGCGAGAAGCUGCCGCGCGGACCAAUCCCUGAGUCCCGGGCCGCGACCCUGCUCCUGCAGCGCCCCGAGGAGAGGCCGGCCGGAUGGGCCGCUGAGCCGGAGUCGGGGACCGUGUGGAGCCCCCUGGAGCUGAGAUCACGAUGUUCCGCUUCAUGAGGGACGUGGAGCCUGAGGAUCCCAUGUUCCUGAUGGACCCCUUCGCAAUUCACCGUCAGCACAUGAGCCGCAUGUUGUCAGGCGGCUUUGGAUAUAGCCCCUUCCUGAGCAUCACAGAUGGUAACAUGCCAGCAACCAGGCCUGCCAGCCGCAGGAUGCAGGCUGGGGCUGUCUCUCCCUUCGGGAUGUUGGGAAUGUCCGGCGGUUUCAUGGACAUGUUUGGGAUGAUGAACGACAUGAUUGGGAACAUGGAGCACAUGGCUGCAGGGGGCAACUGCCAGACCUUCUCCUCCUCCACUGUCAUCUCCUACUCCAACACUGGGGACGGCGCGCCCAAGGUUUACCAGGAGACGUCGGAGAUGCGCUCUGCCCCAGGCGGGAUCCGGGAGACACGGAGGACUGUCCGAGACUCAGACAGUGGUCUAGAGCAGAUGUCCAUUGGGCAUCACAUUCGGGAUAGGGCUCACAUCCUCCAGCGCUCCCGAAACCACCGCACAGGGGACCAGGAGGAGCGGCAGGACUACAUCAACCUGGAUGAAAGNGAGGCAGCAGCAUUUGAUGAUGAAUGGAGAAGGGAGACAUCCCGAUACAGACAGCAGCGUCCUCUGGAAUUUCGACGGCAUGAGGCAUCUGUGGGUGGGGGGCGAAGGGCUGAGGGGCCUCCCCGCCUGGCGAUCCAGGGACCUGAGGACUCCCCCUCCCGACAGUCGCGUCGUUAUGACUGGUGAAGGCCCCAGGCUCUCAGCUUCUCAUGCUCAUCUUUCCUUCCUCCAGGUGCAGGCUGAGAGGCUGAGUAACCAUCCUUGAAAUGACUGUCCUUUCCAACCUCCAUCCCAAUUUAAUAUUAAAUUAACAGGCAAGCUGGCCCCACCUCUCCCUGGGUCUCAGGGAGAGCCUUCUACUGCCCCCCUUACCUACGUUUCCAUCUUCACCCCUCACCGCGUGUCCCACCCAUCCUGUAUCCACUAACUUGAGUUCUCAUGUUGCUGCUCCAUCUCCAAGCCGCCUCAUCUUCCCGAGCCCCUGCCACGCAUCGAAGGGUUUGGGGGAGAGCUCUGGGUUUAGGGAUCUCCGUCCCUCAGCUCCCCUGACCCUUGCCCACCUCUUCCUCAGAGCCCCACUGCAGAUACCAUGGUCCUAUAAGGGCUGUGGAGAAAGUGGACUAGUUCCAAUUCUUUGUCCCUUCCCCCACCCAUCACAGAAACACUUUCCUUUACCCUUCUCUGCCUUUAUAAAAAUUAAUGAUUUGUGCAACUUGUAACUAGGUGUUUAUGGAAUAAAGGAGAAUGGAAAAA